UGCCGUGGAGAAACUCGUCGUUGACUACGUCACAGCCCGACACGCAGCCAGCGGCAGCGCCAACACACUCAGGGUCACCAUGGCUUCCGGUGGCAAGCCCUGGGUUGCAGACUUCAACCACCCUCACUUUGUCGCCGGCAGGAAAGCCGUGAAGAAAGUGUUUGGCGUUGAUCCGGACCUGACGCGUGAAGGGGGAAGCAUCCCGGUGACCUUGACCCUGCAGGAGGCGACGGGAAAGAACGUGAUGCUGCUGCCGGUGGGAGCGUGCGACGACGGCGCGCACUCGCAGAACGAGAAGCUCAACCGCUCCAACUACGUGAACGGGAUGAAACUGGUGGCAGCCUACCUACAUGAGGUGUCUUGCAUCGGCGGCGACGGUGGCGCCCCCUCGUGAGCGCCGAUCUCCACGCAGUAACCACGGCGAUACUAACGAUGGCCUACAAAUGAGAUGAAGAUGGCGAUUUAUUGAUCGUGUAACCGGUUACCUGGUGCUGGUCGGUGUUUAUCCGUAAAGAUGGUGUUAAUUUUCUACCCGAAUAACUUGUGAUUUAUGAAUAUUGUUUUCAGCUGUGUAUGCGGUUUCCUAUCAUUGCUAUAUUUUCUGAAGAAUUUUCGCAUCGUAAUGUAUACGAUGUUUUUAUUGAUUUUAAUGUUUUCAGUUAAAUUGUUUGAUAACAAUGAAGCAAUGGAUGGAUAGAUACUAUCUGUUGUGAAAUGGUUGAAAUAUUAGCGUGGAAAUAUGCCGCUGAGGCGUCUGCAAAUAUUAAUAAAGCGUGAAGGAUUUGAAACACAA